GCCACCUCUCUAACACCUCCUCCGUUCCCUAUCCUCUCUCUCUACCAUUGCAUGCCCUCGCGAACCAUUGCCCGCCCAACCGACCCAAGCGUCGUCGUGCGCGCGCAGGGGCAGGGGAACCCGAUCCGCCAUUGCUGCACGGAGCUCCAUCGGCUUCCGUCGCUGCUAGCCCCGAGAGAUGGAGAGGAUACCGAUACCCAUCGCGAUGCUGCCGCAGAAGUCGAGCAGCUUCUCUCAGGCCACCGUCCGCGAGGAGAAGCUCGGCCGCAACCUCUCCCUCGGCGCCAUCAAGCUCACCGAGCACAUCGAGCGCGUCAAGAAGGAUGCCGAGGAUGCCGCCGCCGCCGACAAGAACAAGGACAAGGACAAGGACGUGGCGGCGGGCAGUGGAGAGGGUGACGGCGCGGACGGGGCCGGAGACGGCGAGACGCCCGCGCCGCCGCCGCACGAGGAGCCGAGCCUCGCCGAGCUGUCGGCGGAGGUCGACGCCUUCCUCGCCAGCCGAGACGGGGACGCGCCGCUGAGCAUCUCCGAGGUGACGCUCGACAGGUUCGCAUCCGCCGUGGAGGUGGAGAUCGCGCAGUCGGAGGGCGACGAAGACAAGUGGGCGCCAGGGGAGGACGGUGAGCAGCCGCCGCUCCUCGCUGCGAUCAGGCGCAUCGCCACGCUCGCGUCCGCGCUCACCGCGUCCGGCGGAAACAAUGGCGCGGAGGGUGCCGUCAGGUACACCAUCGGCGUGCACCGCGUCACCGGCGUGCUCCACCGCGCCAUGACGUUCGUGGAGGACGAGUUCCACGCGCUUCUCGAGGACCCCCUCGUUGCCAAGAUAUCCCACGCCGCCGACCCCGGCAGCGCCAGCGCCAAGGCAAUGAGGCGGCCGCCGUCGUUCGGGCACGCCGCCGGCGCCGAGCAAGACCGGUGCGUCAUGCCUUCCUCGGAAGGCAGCGGCGGUGGCGGCGCCGAAGCGUCACAGCCGUUCCCUGCGGAGACCGUGGAGAGGCUCCGCGCCAUGGUGGACGCAAUGGUCGCGGUGGGCUACGAGACGGAGUGCACGCAAGUGUUCCUGGUGGCGCGGCGGAACGCGCUGGAUACGACGCUGCUGAGCCUCGGGUACGAGAAGGCGAGCAUCGACGACGUGGUGAAGAUGGCGUGGGAGGGGCUCGAGACGGAGUUCGGCACCUGGAUCAAGGCGUUCCGUCACAUUGUCAACGUCGGCCUGUCCGCCGAGCACGACCUCUGCGCCCGCGUCUUCGCCGGCAGCAACACCCCCCUCGGACGCGACAUCUUUGCGGACCUCGCACGCUGCGCCAUGCUCCAGAUGCUCAACUUCACGGAGGCCGUGGCCAUGACCAAGCGCGCCGCCGAGAAACUCUUCAAGGUGCUCGACAUGUACGAGGCCAUCCGAGACGGUGCACCCAUCGUGGACGCGUACCUCUCCUCCUACGAGACCCCGGAGAACGGCGGCGAUGGCAAAAGCAGCAGUGGCGCCGAGGCGCUCGCUGACCUCAAGUCGGAGCUCGUGUCCGUGCGGGCACGGCUUGGCGAAUCAGCCGCCGCCAUCUUCUGUGACCUGGAGAGCUCCAUCCGUGCCGACGCCGGCAAACAGCCUGUCCCGGGCGGCGCGGUGCACCCGCUGACGCGGUACCUGAUGAACUACCUCAAGUACGUGUGCGAGUACAAGAACACGCUGGAGCAGGUGUUCCGGGAGCACCACCGGCCGGACACGGACGACGCCCCCGGGCACGACAGCGAGAGCAGCAACCCGUUCGCGGCGCAGCUGAUGGAGGUGAUGGAGCUCCUCCACGAUAACCUGGAGGCCAAGUCGCGGCUGUACAAGGACCUGGCGCUGAGCAGCAUCUUCCUGAUGAACAACGGGCGGUACAUGCUGCAGAAGAUCCGGGGGUCGCCGGAGAUCAACGCGGUGGUGGGCGAGGCGUGGGCGCGGAAGCGGUCGACGGACCUCCGGCAGUACCACAAGAACUACCAGCGCGAGACGUGGGGGCGCGUGCUGAACGUGCUCCGCGACGACGGCGGGAUCACCGUGAAGGGGCACGUGCAGAAGACGGUGCUCAAGGAGCGGUUCAAGCAGUUCAACGCCGCCAUGGACGAGAUCCAGCGGACGCAGGGCGCGUGGGUGGUGAGCGACGAGCAGCUGCAGUCGGAGCUGAGGGUGUCCAUCGCCGCCGUCAUCGUGCCGGCGUACCGGUCGUUCCUCGGCCGGUUCGCGCAGCACUUCACCGCCGGGAGGCAGACGGAGAAGUACAUCAAGCUGAGCGGAGAGGACCUGGAGGGCAUCAUCGAGGAGCUCUUCGAGGGCAACGCCGUGUCCAUGACCAGGAGAAGAAAUUAACCCAACACAUCCAUCCAUCCAUCCAUCCUCAGUUCUUACUGAAAUCGGCAACAAAAUGUACCUCUCUUCUUACGAGUUUGCUCUGAUUCUUUUUUACCGCGUCGAGUAAUCAAUCCUGCUCAGUCGCGGCAGACAGAUAGAUGUAUGUAUCCCUUGAUCGAUCCGGGCGUUGAUGCGUGUUGAUUAAUUACAUGUUUAUAUAGUAAACAUUCUUGAUUCUUUCUAUGGCCAAAUGUAUUUUCUA